UCAGCCGGCGAGAAAAACAAACCGAAUAUAGCAAACAGAAGAUAUGUGGCUGCCGCUUAUCUUUAUAGCCUGUCUAGCCGGCGUGAGUGGAUCAGUGGGGGGUGAGGGAAAGCUGCCAGUGGAGCAGGCUUUUGUGCCCCGCUACACUCCGGUGGCUGAGAGUAAGCGACAGGAUCUGGAGUUACCCGCUAAAGGAAGUCUUGAGCUGCAGCAGAGACCUUCCGCAGGCGAUAAGAAACCCUGGCGACGAGUGGAGUACGGUUACGAUGGCGUUUCUACGGCUUCCUGGGCUGCUCCCUCGCCUCCGGCAGCCAUUCUUUCCAUCCUGAAUCCCCUGCUGGCACCAGGACUGCUCCUUCUGGGUGUAAACUUAGGAGCCCUGCUCUAUAUGCUGCUGGGCCUCCUGGGACUAGCUCCCCAUCGAAGCGGCAGCUCUAGCCGGGUGGCCUCGCAUCCGGAUGCCAACCCCCAAUUCUGGCCUGACGAUCAGACCUUCUACCGCCGAGACAGACACAAUCUGGGUGAGGGCAAGGAAACGGCCGUAUAUUUUUAGAUAU